CCGAGCCAGUCCCUUAUGCUCUCGCGGUCGCUGAGAGCAGCCACCGGCCUUCGUCUUUCUGUUAGAGCCGGUGCUGCUUACGCUACCCAACCAAGGUCAAAUCCACCGAACAACUCCCGCGAGUCAGGGAAGGACGAGCCGGACUUGCCCAAAGACCUUGAGGGAUUCUUCAAGCAACAACGUCCUGCUGGUGGCCAGAAACAGGAGUCUUCGAAUUCUAAAUCUAAGCGUAAUCCACAACCACCCCCUCCCCCACCGCCGAAUAACAACUUCAACUUCUCCAACAGCCAGCUUGCGUGGGCUGCUGCUGCCUCAUUCGCCUAUUUCCUAUACUCAAGCUCGACCUCCUCUUCAUCGCGGGAAAUAACAUGGCAGGAGUUCCGAACUGCAUUCCUCGACAAGGGGCUGGUCGACAAACUCAUCGUUGUUAACGGUCACCGUGUUCGUGUCAAGCUCCAUUCGAAUGCUACUGGCACAAUGUAUCCAUCCUCGGCGGCCUUUGUGACAGGGGAUUACUACUUUUCCAUAGGGAGCAUAGAGGCCUUUGAACGCAAGUUGGAUGACGCGCAAGCGGAGUUGGGAAUCCCAAGCCAUGAACGCAUCCCUGUGGCCUAUCAUGCAGAGAUGUCUGCCAUCCAGACAGCUCUCGACUUCGCCCCUACCAUUCUCACGAUUGGCUUCCUCGUAUGGCUAUCUCGGCGUGGCAGUUCAAGUAGCGGGGGUGGAAUAUUCAGCAUCGGAAAGAGUCGGGCGAAACUCUACAACAAAGACACCGAUGUUACUGUUAAGUUCAAGGACGUUGCUGGAAUGGACGAGGCAAAGGAGGAGAUCAUGGAGUUUGUCAAGUUCCUCAAGGAGCCCGCCAAGUACGAAAAGCUGGGGGCCAAAAUUCCACGUGGUGCGAUUCUUUCUGGUCCUCCCGGUACAGGAAAGACGCUUCUAGCCAAGGCAACGGCGGGAGAGGCUUCAGUUCCUUUCCUUUCCGUCUCUGGCUCGGAAUUCGUCGAGAUGUUUGUUGGUGUCGGGUCUUCCCGAGUCCGAGACUUGUUUGCAGACGCAAAGAAGCACGCGCCGUGUAUCAUAUUUGUGGACGAAAUCGACGCCAUCGGAAAAUCACGGUCCAAGGGCGGCAACUUUGGCGGCAACGAUGAAAGGGAGUCAACUUUGAACCAACUUCUUGUUGAAAUGGACGGAUUUGGGACUAAAGAACAUGUCGUUGUACUGGCUGGAACCAAUCGGCCAGAUGUACUCGAUCCUGCCUUGAUGCGACCUGGCCGAUUUGAUCGACACAUUGCCAUUGACCGACCAGAUGUUUCUGGUCGGAAGGGCAUUUUCCUUGUCCAUCUCGGACCCCUUCGCUUACAUGAAGCGCUCAGCGAUGUCGACUCGUUGGCCCAGAAGCUGGCAGUCCUUACGCCUGGUUUCUCUGGCGCAGAUAUUGCUAAUGUCUGCAAUGAAGCCGCGCUACACGCCGCCCGCAAAGCUUCAGAAUACGUCGAGUCAGUCGACUUCGAUACCGCAAUCGAACGAGUCAUUGUCGGCCUGGAGAGAAAAAGCCGUGUUCUCAGUGCAGAGGAGAAGAAAACAGUUGCAUAUCACGAAGCCGGUCAUGCUGUCUGUGGCUGGUUCUUGGAGCAUGCUGACCCACUCCUCAAAGUGAGCAUCAUCCCAAGAGGCACUGGCGCUCUUGGCUAUGCUCAAUACCUCCCUCCUGACCGGUAUCUUAUGUCGACACCUCAAAUGCUGGACAGAAUAUGCAUGACUCUCGGCGGCCGCGUAUCUGAAGAGAUUUUCUUCGGCUCUGAGAACAUCACUUCUGGCGCGCAAGACGACCUCCAAAAGAUCACCAGAAUGGCAUUUGAAGCGUGCGCCAAUUUCGGUAUGAACGAGGUUAUCGGGCCUGUGAGCUAUGGAGGCGAUCGUGGCGCAAAGGAGGGCUGGACAAAGCCGUUCAGCGAGAAGACGGCGGAGAUGCUUGACACUGAGGUUCGCAAGAUGAUCACCACUGCUUACGACCGCACACGCCAGUUACUAACCAAACAUCGCGAGGAUGUAAUCAAGGUCGCUGAGCUGCUUUUGGAGAAGGAAAAUAUCACACGAGAGGAUAUGAUUCGUCUUUUGGGCAAGCGGCCGUUCAUCGGCAAGUCAGACGAUAUGGACAAGUGGCUCGACCAGCAUCGUGGGUCAGAAAAGUCUGCACCACCGCCACUAGAAGAAACACCUGUUCCCGUUGCUGCUUCCGUGAGGGUAGAGGAUCGUCCUUAG